ACUCCUUACAUUGGUUAAAGCUUUCCGUGUUUCUGUGUUUACAAAAAUUUUUUAAAGGUUUCGAAGUAAAGAAAUCAUAUUUAUUUUCAAAAAUAUAAUAAGUACUUAGGAAUAGUCUGUGUAACGAUAUAAAAUGAAACUACUGUUUGGAUUUUUUACUGCAUUUCUAUUGUUUGUGCUGCAAUCCAAUGGUGAGAUUAUCGACUGUGAUUUCUUCGACACUGUAGAUAUCUCGGAUGGAAAAAGAUUCUCAAAUGGCUCAUACCUAUAUGAGAACCUACUCAUUCCCUCCUAUUUGACGGGUGAAUAUGACUUUAAGCUUCUGGCCAACGGAUCUAAGGAGGCUGUAGCGAGCCACAUAAGAGGAUGUGUCUGCAAACUGAGGCCCUGCGUCAGGUUUUGCUGCCCCCAUAACCAAAUAAUACUAGGCGGUCACUGUUACAGUAACACGAAAACGGAUCAGCUGAGUAAUGUCGAUCCUUUCCUGAACGUAACCCUCAACAACGGGUCGGUGGUUAAAAUGCACUAUAGAGAAGAUCUAGUGGUGCAGUGGGACUUGCCCAAGCCCUGUGAGGAAGGCGAUUUGUACUACCUAGAUCACCAAGAAGAAAUGCACAAAUUCACAUUGUUUGAGAAUGAAAUUCUCUUACGCCACUUUGACAACGUGCACCUGAACAAGGCGGAAUACUGCCUUCAGCAUCUUAACUUCACAGACGGUAAUAUUCGAAUUGCACCUCACCACUGCCCAAUGCUGAAUUAUAAAGAGCCGUCCAAAAUUGAACAGACAGUUGCAUUCCUGGGCUACUUUUUCGUCUUGGCUGCCUUUUUCUGGCUUUCUGUAAUCAGCCUGGACCUCUGGAAUGGGAUGAAAGGCGUCUUUGUGUUAGAAAAUCGGUUUUUGGCCUACAAUUGCUACGCGUGGGGAAUGUCGGUGGCCCUGACCGGAGGCACCUAUUUAUCGGAUAAGUUCGUAGAGAACGUGGAUUGGAAUCCUCGUAUGGGCGCCGAAGGCUUUUGUUGGAUCUUCACUCUAAGUUGGUCUGCUAUGCUCUACUUCUAUGGACCGAUAUUAGUGCUGAUUCUCUUCAACAUGACCAUGUUUAUCCUGAUGGCCAUACCUUUAAUAAGAUCAAAGAUGGAACUGAGGAAAUUCGCCCGCAAGGAUGGCAGAAAGCAGAAGCUGAAAUCGGACAAACAAAAUUACGCACUAUUUCUGCGGCUCUUUAUCGUCAUGGGGUUGACGUGGAGCUUAGAGAUAAUCUCCUACUUGGUGCAGAAUACGAUUUGGGCCAAGGCGUUUCUAGUAGCAGAUUACCUCAAUUGGUCUCAGGGUAUUAUCAUAUUUGUGGUUUUUAUUCUACGAUCCAAUACGCUAAAACUAUUAAAGACACAAAUAUUUCCAAAUCACCAGUGGAGUGACAUCAGCAUGAAGUCCAGAGUAACUCGAACUACGACUGGGGAAUCCGUAUCUCAUCAAUCAAGCCCAAGCCUGCUAUUUUGAAGCCGAGCC